AAUUAAUAAAGAGGCACUCAUUAGGCUUUUAAAGAGAAUUAAAACACCGGAGCAUUUGAUUAGCCUGUGCUAUAUAAAAGUAAUGGAGGAUGACGCAAAGCUAUUGGAGAAGCAUGGCUACAUACUGGACGGCACUCUGGGUAAAGGGUCUUAUGGUAAGGUCAAGUCUGCUUACUCUAAAGAACUGAAGAAAAAAGUUGCCAUCAAGAUCAUCGACAAGACCAAAGCACCCGCUGAAUUCCUGCAGAAGUUCCUGCCACGUGAGCUGGAGAUCCUCUCCUCGCUCAACCACCCACAUAUAGUAAAGACCUUCAAGAUCUUCCGUAUAGGUGAAAAAAAACUGUUCAUAAUGAUGGAACUGGGCGCGCAGGGUGACCUGCUUGAGCUCAUUAAGACCAGAGGCAAACUCUCCGAGGACCUCGCUAGAAAGCUGUUCCACCAGCUAUCACUUGCCGUCAAGUUCAUCCAUGACCAAAACAUUGUUCACCGUGACCUGAAGUGUGAGAACCUGCUGCUGGAUAAUGACUUCAACUUGAAAGUUGCAGACUUUGGCUUCAGCAAGAGGCUGGAGUACAUAGAUGGCCAGGUGGUGCUGAGUGACACGUUCUGUGGGUCUUCAGCAUAUGCGUCACCAGAAUUACUGCAGCGAAUCUCUUAUAAUCCUAAAGUGAAUGACGUGUGGAGCAUGGGUGUGGUGCUGUUCAUCAUGCUGACCGGCACCAUGCCCUACGAUGACUCCAGCAUUACGAAGAUGCUGGAGAACCAGAAGAAGCACGCCAUCAACUUCCCUAAACCUCUGCAGGACAAUUGCAAGGACGCAUACGACCUAAUCACCUGCAUGCUGGACCGUGACCCAGUCCGGAGGAUUGACAUCAACCACAUCCUCCAACACCCGUGGCUGCAGGACGAGUCCAAACAAGCUAAAGGUACCCGGAGAAAGUGGAGUGGCCCGUCUACAUCACAAGCCUGUGCAGAGAAUGCUGAACACAACAAGAAGGCCAAGAAAGCUCUAUCAGAUGACAACCCAACAUCUGAUGCCAACAAUUUAUCCGAAGCUGUACAGCCAGUGGUGUCAAGCUCAUCCUACAACCCCACAGAGAGCUCAGCUAACUGCCACUUGCUGUAGCACCAGAUACUUAUUAAACAGAGGCAUGGCACUUUGGCUGCAUGUUUGAUAGAUCUUUGCCUUACGACUUCUCUCAAAAGGUAUU